GAACUCAACACGUAACUCCUGCCAGCUGCCAUGAACACACACCUCCUCUCCUCUCUACUGCUCUGCAUUGUUUGCAGUGCAGUUUUCUUCAUUAGUGCAGUGGCCACUCACACGUCUGCGUUGGAUCAUGUGACCGUAAUGUCAACAUCAGGGGAGGGGCUUCAGAGCGCGGUGGGAGUGGAUUUAGAAUCGGAUGAUGAUGAGGAUCCAUCAGGAAUGUUCAACGACCCAAAUUUGUUUAAAGUACAUCAAGUCAGUAAAGGAGAAGAGCACAAUCACAGACGCUCCGGCCGCAAAAAGAACAAAGGGAGAAAAAAGAAUACAAAUAUCACACCUGUUCAGCCCCAUCACACCUUCCCUCAGAAGAGCCACAGCAUGACAGCUGACCCCUGUCUGACCUCUCACCUCGACUACUGCAUCCACGGCCACUGCACGUACCUUCACGACCUGAGAGAGCCCGUCUGUGUAUGUAAGAGAGGUUAUGAUGGGGAACGCUGUGGAAUCCAGCUUCUUCAGACGGCAGGUGAACCGGAUGACAGCAGCACAGAGACGACACACACUGCACUCGUCAUCAUGGCCUUCAUCCUGUCUGUCAUCAGCUGUCUAGCCAUCUUACUCAUGAUCUGUAUGCACAACAGAACACAUCACAAAUUUCAGGCGGCUUUUCUGAGUUCAACAAAUGAGAGAGAGGAAAUAGAGAAGAAGAACAUCAUGGUAUAAAGAGAUAGAAGUGUAAUGGCAGUAGAGCUCACACUGAUCUCGCUGAGGUUGAAAGCACUACAGAUAUAUUGCACAGAGAAUACUGUAAUGUAUUGUAACUAUAUAUCUAUAUUUAUUGUUUGCUACCAUUUAUUAACAAAGAUUUUUAUGUCUUAUACUUUGUGUUUGUGUUUAUUUUGAUAAUAAAAAUGGUUUAUUUGAUAUGUGGUUUUUGUUUACGCAUAUGGGA